GUUUUAUUGGUACGUUUUGGCACACUGGCCCUUUAAAAACACUCAGGAUCUUGACCUAUCCAAAAAUGGUUCUGAUUUUGACCCAGAGUGGUUGGACUUCCUUAUCAGCAGUGAAUAAAGUGCAGGUUUAGGCCCGGCCCAUGGUGCAGCGGACUCUGACCCACUCAGCAGCCGCGCUGUAAGUCCAGCAUGUCUGUGCAGAGACAGCCCGUCGCCAACCUCUUUGUCUCCUCAUACAAUGACAGACGGUCCAGUGCGGCACUUUGAGGAACUGCAGAAACUUGUAUGACCGAUCAUUAAGACGGAUCCGGCUGAAGCAUGGCGCUGCGGGUGCACCUCCUGGCCUGCGCCUUUGGCCUGGGCUCCUGGGUGGCGGUGAACGGCCUGUGGGUGGAGCUUCCCCUCAUCGUCAACGCUCUGCCUGAAGGCUGGGAGCUCCCCUCGUACCUCACGGUCAUCAUCCAGCUGGCCAACCUGGGCCCCCUGCUGGUCACCCUCAUGCACAAACUGCGCCCCGGUCGUCUCAACGAGCGCGCCGUCAUUUACUCCGUCCUCUCCAUCGGCAUCGCCUCCUGCAUCCUGCUCGUCUUCUUCUGGGACAAAACUACGGUUGUGGCCGGGGCGUCGCGCAGCACCGCCUUCUUCAUCAUCACCUUCUUCCUCUCUCUGGUGGACUGCACAUCUUCAGUGACCUUCCUACCUUUUAUGAUGCAGCUUCCAGCUAAAUACAUCACCACCUACUUCAUUGGGGAAGGGUUGAGUGGUUUCAUCCCCGGUGUCAUUGCUUUGGCGCAAGGCGUCGGCAUGGCCAAGUGCGUCAACAGCUCUCACACGUCAGGAAACCACUCAGACGAGGAAGUGUGGUCAUUGCAAACACAGUAUCUUCCUCCAAACUUCUCCACAGAGGUGUUCUUCUCCUUCCUGGCGGCCAUGAUGUGCAUUAGCUUGGCUGCGUCCAUUGGGCUGAACAGGCUGCCUAGGACAUACGACCUGUCUACGGAAAACCUUGUGCAGGAUACGGUGGGCCCAAUCAGCUCCGGGCUGGACAACCCAGCAGCAGAAACUGAUGGCAAGAAAAAUGAGCAGGAAGGAAAAGAGAAGAGCAAACCUCUGCUGGCUGAACCACAAUACUCCAUUUCCAAGCUGGUCUUCAUGUACCUCCUUGUGGCUUGGGUCAACGCUCUGACUAAUGGACUGCUGCCAUCGGUCCAGACAUAUUCCUGCAUGUCGUAUGGGAAUCUUGCCUAUCAUCUGUCUGCAGCUUUGGCCUCAGUGGCCAACCCAGUGGCCUGCACUAUUGCAAUGUUCUUCCAGAGCAGGUCUCUGAUGUUUCUUUGCGUCCUGACCGUGUUGGGUUCAGGCUUCGGCGGCUAUAACAUGGCCAUGGCAGCUCUGAGUCCCUGUCCUCUGCUGCGUGGGUCUGCCCUGGGAGAGGCGAUCAUUGUGCUCUCUUGGCUCUUGUUCACUGGGACGCUGUCUUACGUUAAGGUGAUGGUGGGAGUCAUCCUGAGAGAUCGCAGCCACAGCGCCCUCGUGUGGUGCGGAGCUGCAGCACAGGUGGGCUCGCUGGUCGGCUCCGUCACCAUGUUCCCGCUGGUUAACGUUUACCGGCUCUUCAAGUCAGGAGACUUCUGCAACACUGAGUGUCCGUUAUGACAGUCAGCCUGAAAGUCUCAAGACUUUCAAGUACAGAAACAGAUCUGGAUGUUUGUGUAGUUAAUUACUUUAUAGCAGCAAAAUGCCAAAAUGUAUGACAGAGUGAAAGGGCCAGGCUAAGAAAAAAAUUAAAAUAAAAGGUAACACUUUAUUUGAAGGCAUGUGCAUAAGACUGACAUGACACUGUCAUAUACAUAACACCUGUUAUGAAUAUGAAGGAGUACUCAUUCAUUUUGUAAAUGACACUUUUAAUGCAAAGCUGCAUUAAAAGUGUCAUUAUUUACCUAAUUACACUUCAUGACAGCAGUCAAAUAUUCAUAAUCAUAAAAGUUGUUAUAUCUUGUUUAUGAGAGUCUCAUGUCAGUUUUGUGCACACCAAUUCAAAUAAAGUGUUACAGAAUAAAAAAAUUAAAUUACAAAAAAAUGGCAUGAAAUUACAAAAAUGUUAGAAUGAAGUUGUGUGAGAAUAAAGUCAAAAUAAUAAGCAAAUAAUAUCUUAAUGUUAGGAGAAUAAAGUCAUAAUAUUAGCAAAAUAAAGUUGUAGUAGUAAUAUGAGAAUAAAGUCAUAGAAUCACAUGAAUAAAGUCAUAAUAUUACAUAAAUAAAAUCAAAAUAUUACGUAGAUAAUGUUGCAAUUUUAUGUCAUAAUAUUUCGAGAAUAAAGUCGUAAAAUUACCAAAAAUAAGGUUGUAUUAAACAUAUCAGUGUCAGGUUAUUAGAAUAAUUGUAUUUUGAUGUCUUAUUCAGUAUAUCCCUUUUUGUAAAACCAAUUAUCAAAGUAUAAUUUCACUACACACCACAGUGGUAAUAAUAACAGCUUUUAUGUGUCAGAUUUAUGACUUUAUUCUAAUAAUAAUGUUACUUUUUUUCUUGUAUUAUUUUCACUUAAUUCUCAUAAUUUUGUUUUAUUAUCUGUUCUUAAACUUGGCUCUAUUACUCUGUCUCUAAAGGCUCCAUGACUUCUUGUGCAACAAUUUUAUAUUAUUUUAUUAUUAUUACUUUUAACAACACAGCCUUCAGUGGUGAUAAUCUAAAACCUAAGAACCGUCUGCCAUCAGUUCACAGGACUAAAAUCAUGAUUGUUGCCGAUAAUUUUCACUCUGCUACGUUUGUAUAAAUGUUUACUAUUAUGCAGAGAAAAUCUAUAACCUUCAAAGUGAAUAUCUACUGAAUGGAAGAAUCCUGCAUUGUACUUUUCUGACCAGCAGAUGUCACAAACACACUUUUAAAACACGAAUGCACUCAUCAGUGAAACGCAUCAACUCCUGUUUAACUCCCACCUGUAACCUCAACAUUUUAAUGCACUUUGCAACUUAAUAACUUAAAUUACUCUUCUUUACAUCUAAAUCAGCAUUUCAAGUGAAAUUGUAUUCUUUUGGAUUUUUGCUCCUAAUUUUGCUUUUAAUCUCAAUCUCAAUCGUUUUGUAGCCAGAGUAUAAAAGCUUCUUCAAGGUUGAAUAUGUUCAAUUUAGAACCUUUUAUUGCCUUUUAAUCCUGAUUAAAAGUUAUGAUCUGCAAUAAAGAUCAAAAAUAUGUUCAAUUUUAUUUAAUAUCUCAUAUAAAAUGCAGUUUUGUUAAUUUAAAAUGUUUUUCAGCUCUGGGAAUGAUCUUACAGAAGAAUAAUUUCAGUACCGUAAUACAGUGUAAAAAAGCUAAAUGAGAACAAUGGGUGAAUAACAUACACAUUUUGGAUAUAUUUAAAUAUAAUUUAGGAACAAUUACAGAUCAUCUGACCUUAUUUAAGAUUUGUAAGGCAUGGCAUUCAGAUUUUUAAAUGAAAUAAAGGUUUUGUUUAGACCGGAGAAACCCAGUUAAUCAUAAACACUAAAUAUUCAAUUCAAUUAAAUCUUCAAACAGACAUGUGUCCACUGUACAGUGAUGCUAACUGCAUUAAAAUAAAAUAUAUGACUUUAUAAUCUAAAACAUCUGUGUAGUAAUUUUGUGGUUGUUAAAAAAUAAAAAUAAAACUUGUUUUACGGCAA